GAUACCAGAAGAGCACAAGAUUCCGAUUGUUUUGGAAAACAAAUUUUGUUGGAUUUGGUUUUGAGCAAAUGCUGCAAAGCCCGACCAACCGCCCGUCAAGCCAUAUAAGAAAUAAUGGUAACAACAACAUUGCAGUUAGUACGCGCCAGCAAUUGAAACCAAGACACGGAUAGCGGAACAGCGGUAUUAGAAAAAACAACACAAAACAAAACUGAAAAACGGAUAUACAAAAUAAACGUUAUAAUAUUUGAAUACAAUUUGAAUUUUUGUGACAGUUUUGAAAAUAAAAUUUUCUUAUUUGAAAAUUUCUCGUUUGUUGAAAAUAGAGGAAAAAAAGCAAGGAAAAUAUUUACUAUUUGUGUAACAAACAAGUGUAUCCGUGUGUGUGUGAGUCUGUGUACUAUUCACGCAAAUAUUUAAUUGCAAGGAAACGACAAUCUGCAGCCAAGAAUCUUUUUUCUCAAGAAAUCACCACCACCAUCACCAUCAGCUAUAAAUUAUGAGUCUUCCGGUGUUCGGCAACCUUUAUCAGCGUCUGCUGUUUCUUCUGCCAUUGGCCGCCGAUCAUUUCAACUAUGACGAGCCAGAGAAAUGGUAUACCCAGUUCCCACAAUGUGCCGGCUUUAGGCAAUCACCCAUCAUUAUAUCGACACCAAAGUCCAUAGAUAUCUUAAUAUUUCCACUGGAGUUUGGUUUUUACGAUACACCCUUAUCGAAAUCUGUAAAAUUGCACAAUAAUGGGCAUACUGUGGAAUUUGAUAUUCCGCCAACGUUGUCGGGCGAUAAACCUUACAUAAGCGGUGGUCUGCUCGAUGAUGAUAUUUACGAAGCGCAACAAGUUCAUUUCCAUUGGGGUUCUCCGACGCGCAAAGGAUCGGAACAUAUCGUAAAUGGUAAUCGUUACGAUAUCGAAAUGCAUAUCGUGCAUAAGAAUACAAAAUAUUCUAGUGUGGAAAUUGCACGACAAUAUGAAGAUGGUCUGGCUGUUGUGGCGGUGCUGUUUAAGGUGGUGAAGUCCGAUAAUGUUUUCUAUCCGGGGCUAAAUGUCAUCUACAAUAAUUUGGAAAAUGUCAAAAAUUUCAAUACCACCAGUGAUACCAUGUAUUUGAUUUCCAUGGCCUCCUUACUGGGCAAUAUAAAUCGUGAAGAUUUUUAUACCUAUGAAGGUUCGUUGACGACACCACCCUGUUCCGAAUCCGUGACAUGGAUUGUAUUUUCCGAUGUUCUGCCCAUUUCAUUCAAAGAGCUACCCAAAUUUUGGGGUAUCUUAAACGAACAGGGCAAAAACUUUGUCAAUGUCCGACCAGUACAGCACAAAGGUUUCCGCAAAGUUUUCCAUCGUAAGCCUUUAAUACAAUUUAAGUAUUUGGGUUAGUGGAAUGCAGUUUUGGUUUACUGGAGGAGUAACA